GAAUUCUCGCCCAACUUGCCGAAAAUGCUGAUCGCGUACGGUCUCAAGUUCGAACAGCUCAAGGAGAAGGGGUCAGAAGCCGGUCGUGGUUUUGCGCGAACCGGUCGCCUCGUUCCAGUGCAAGGAGCACGAAGCAGCUCAAGACGCGAACGCCGACGAUGGACAGCGCGUCGGUGGAAUUUUUGGUCAAUGCGGGCUAGAAGACGCUCAAGACGGUAGAGAUUCCGAUGGAGGACCGGCUGGAGAACUUGUCGCUAACGGGGGAUGGCGGGGACGGUUGGAAGUCUUCCGCGAUAAGGCAGAAGAAUAUGGCCCAUUUGCUGCUGCAGGGACUUCACAGAGAGGACGCGGAAAUUCUGCGCAGCGUGUUCAGCAGGAACGAGCCAGCACGGACGAACGGACAUGACACCAGCAUUUUGAUUUUGAAGCUGGUCUUCUUUUUCGUCUUCUUCUUAUUUUUCUCGGCUUGCCUUCAGAACGCGAGCGCAAAUGUCAAAACAAAAUUUGUCAGUUUGCUCCACUUGACAGUUUGCUUUCAGAGUUUGAUUCAGAAUCGUCGAUUUGCGUGUUGCGUGUGUCAUGUCCGUUCGUCCGUGGUCGUAGAAAAUUCAAAUAAAAUGGGACGGAAGUGCGAGGUUUCGCGUGAUCCAACAAGCGAAACGGAAUGGAGCUAGGUGCAUUUUGCGGAAGAAGAUUUCCGGAUUCGGGGUCGACCAGGCAGAGGGCUUCGAUUCGGGACCGUUCCGCAAAUUGUUGGCUGUUCAUUUCUUCCCUCCCAUGUGGCUCAGGCUGGAACAAGCCGUUUUGUGGGAGAGGAUUUACGGCAUCAUGGACCGGGCCAAGGUCGUGGAACCGUACCGCGCAUGAGGAGUGGCUGGAAUCCGAGGACGAGAUGAACGAAAACCCCACCAGCCAAGUUGCCCUUGGACAUGCGAGCGAGUUGAACGAUGACCUUGGUGGCCCAUGUGACCAGGAGGACAAAGAAAAGUGAACCGGCAACUCUAACAGUACGAUCACUCCAGAUGGCGAGGACGUGUUUAACGGCAACCCGCUUGGUUCAGCAGAACUGUCUGUUUUCGUCCACGUUUGGUUGAAUUCCGAGGAGCAGUUGGAACCUGGCAGCUCGUACAUAAUCAUGAAUAGAAAAUAAAGCUGAAUAUGAUCAACCCCCUACGCCUAUUUCAAUCAACGGACGGAGCCAAAACUGAUACGUUCGCCCCGGAAGUCAUUGGUGCAUUAAAAAGUGAACCCUCGAUCGUGCUAGAAUGGAUGGGACAAGCGAUUAUCCAGAGUACUGGUACGCAGUGCGAUCAUCAUACUUGUUGAGCUAAUAAAAAAAGUGGGAAAAUCU